AUAUAGAUACAAAUAGUAUCCAUAUUAAAGUAAUUCAUGUUUGUACAGACAUGUAUAAAAUAUCUUUACUUUGUUCUCUUUUUUUUUUAAUUUUCGAAAGAUUGUUAUUUUACAAGGUUGUUUAUUGGUACUAAUGAAUUCAGUUAAAUAAAUGUAGACUAAUUCAAAUUUUAAUUUUUACUUUCUGGUUUAUAACAAACAUUCAUUGAACCAUAAUACUAAUGCAAUAAACAGAACGAGAUCUUUGUUACAUUACCCUUUAUGAACAUGAUAAAGAUCUGUUUCAACGUUGAAUGAUUACAAUCAGAUGAUCAUACAUAAUAAUAAUAAUAAUGAACAUUGAGAUUAUUCCAUUCAUCAUUCAUCUAUUUAUUAUUAUUGUUAUUCUAUUUAAUGGAUUAUAUUUAUGUGAUGAAUGGAAGCAUGUAAAUAAUCAAUUAUCUAUGCCGUAUAAUCCUUGUCAGCCGAAUCCAUGCCAAAACAGUGCUGAGUGUGUAAAUAUUCAAGAUUGGAGUAGAACAACAUCAUUAGAGAAAUUCAACACUUUGUCAGACUAUUAUUGUGUAUGUCUCAAAGGAUGGACUGGACAAAACUGUACGGAAGAUAUUGAUGAUUGUGUUAUUCAUCCUUGUUUAAAUGGUGGUAUUUGUGAAAACAAACCAAAUAUGAGGUUUUAUUGUCAUUGUCCAACAGGAUAUGUUGGUCAGACUUGUGAAUAUAGAGAUCCAUGUCAACUUAACCCUUGUCUGAAUGGUGGAACUUGUCAUUCUGAUCCAUUUGGUCAGUUCACUUGUAUUUGUCCUCAAUGGUACAAUGGAGUACGCUGUGAACAGGAAAUUAACCCAUGCUAUCCUACAUCUCCGUGUUUGGGGGAGAAAUCAGUUUGUCAUUUAUUGACUUCAAAGAAUAGAACAGUUUCAGGACCAUCAUUUUUUAUUCACAAAUCAGAGUAUAUUGUAGAUUUUCUGUGUGAAUGUGACCCUGAUUAUUUUGGUCGUUAUUGUAAUAAAAAGCGAAAUUUAUGCAAGUUCAAUAAAUGUAAAAAUGGUGCAACUUGCUUGCAAAACAAGGAUCAUUUUGUUUGUUUAUGUCCUUCAGGAUUUACAGGAUCAAUCUGUAAUACACCUACGAACACAACUGAAUAUCUUUAUCCUAAUGUAAAUACUUUAAUUCGAAAUCAGUCAAUGAAGACAAAUAUAUUCAGAAAGAAUUCAACAGAAAAUAUAAAAUUAUUAUAUGAUCAUUGUUAUCAACUUGGAUGUAAUAAAGCAAAAACUGGUGAUAAUAUUUGUCAAGCUAAAUGUAUCUAUGCCAAAUGUUUAAAUGUAGAAGAUGAAUUAGAAAAAGAUUGUCAGUAUUGGGUUAAAUGUUUACAAACAACUGAACAUAUUGUAAACUAUUAUAACAAGACAACAUGUGUUGAACAAUUUAAAAAUGGUAAAUGUCAACCUGAAUGUAAUAGAAAUGAAUGUUAUAUGGAUGGUUUUGAUUGUUUACAAAAUAUAUCACAGUGUAUAUCAUUUGAAUUCUGCUUACAGUCAUAUGGAGAUGGUAUUUGUCAGUCACAAUGUAAUACCAUCCAAUGUGGAUAUGAUGGUGGAGAUUGUGAAUAUGAACAAAGAAACAAUUAUUUGUCAAUCAAAUACAUUUUACUUCAUUUGAAAACAAAUCAAUCAGAAUUCAAGUUGAAUCGUAAUUACUAUCUGGGAAAUCUGGGUAUAAUUCUUCAAUCGAUUGUUAGAAUUGCAAAGGAUGACAUCACUCAAGAAUUGUUAUUAGAAGAUAUUCCUAAUAAAAAUCAAAUUAAAGUUCUUCUGGAAGUCACUAGUCAAUCAAAUAAUAGCUGUAAAACAACCGAAGGAAAUAUGUGCACCAGUGAUAGUUUUCAAUUACUUAAACCAAAUGAACUAAAAAUGUACAUUCUUGCCGCAUUAAGUACAAUUCAGUACAGAUCACUUUUUAGUAUAAUAAAUUUGAAUUUUGUUGAUUCACCAAGUCAGUCACAUUUUAAAGCACCAUGGGAAUUAGAAUCUUCAACUGAUACAAAAAUUUCGAAAGAAGCUAUUGGACUAUACGUUUGUAUAUGCAUAUUGGCUGGAAUAAUUAUUAUAUUAAUUUUAUUCUUGGUAUUUCAAUAUGAUAAUAACUGGCGAAAACCAUUGAAACGUGUAAAAACGAAAGGUAUCUGGUGUCCACCUGUAUUAUCGAUUUAUUCUAAGCCUAAUCAAGUUGAUUUAUUAGGACAACAAUCUUCAGUUUAUUUCACGGGACUUAAAUCAGCAGUAGGAGUUACAGAACCACCUCUAACAACAAUGACAAUAAAUGAAUCAAAAUAUUUUGAUAAUAAACUUAAACAAACUCCAUCAGCUUCGUCAUUUUUUCAAGAUUACUUGAAUUCUUCAACGGCUAAUGAGAAGGAUACAUUCCUCUUUUCAAAUGUCUCAAAGUACAAUCAUGAAGAAAUGAUUGCUGGACUCCUCUCAGAUAAAAUUCCUAGAACAGAUAUUUCAUUGAGUGAUGAUUUUUCACCAAGUUGUAAAAAGAAACGUCUUACUCAAGAUAAAAUGAUGUCAGACGUGCUACCUAACAAUGCAAAUUUGUUUACUGUUCCAAAAUAUUUGGGAAAUUUAUUCAGUGAAGAAACGGGAAGCUUUCAGCAUUUCGGAGAAGAGGAAAAGCACAAACAGCGUGAGCGUAAAUUUGAUUUGAAAAAUAGAUAUGACUCACUUUUGCCUCAGGAAAAUUCAAAAACCACUAAUAAUGAAAGUUUAAAUUUAGAUAGUACUUAUGAUAAGAAAGCGAAUAUAAAGAUCAUGGGAUCUGAUAACAAAGAAGUGUUUAAAAUAAUUUCGUCAUUAGAUGGUCUACACCCAUGUAAUGUCACUCAGAAAAGUCGCAUUGAACAAGUUUUAGAUGACAAUAAAUAUCAAAAUAAAGGUGUAGAGAUGUUGUCAAACAAAGCUGGUACCGAAGAUUAUUUGGAUGAUGAUCUAUCAAUGAACAUUGUUGGUGAUCAAAGUCUUCUACAUUUAGCAGCUCAUAUGAAUGUAGGACAUGACGUUAUUAAUAAAAUCUGUCAUAAUGAACCUAAUCAAAGACCACUUGGUACUUUAUAUGUUGAUUCGUUUGGUAGAACAGCUUUGACUAGCGCGGCUGCUGCUAAUUCUUUAGAAUCAGUCAAGUCGUUAUACCAGCUUGAAAAAGAGGCUCUACUCAAUAAAAAACCAGUCAAAUCUGUCAAAUCACAUCAAAUUACUACACCGAAACCAACAGGUCGUUCAAGAAGGCGUUAUCAAGUUUGUGAAUCUCGACAGUGUUCACCUAUCAUUGUUGCUAUCCAAGCAGGGAAUGAUGAAGUGGUAAAGUGUUUAUUAGACGAGGGUUGUCCUUAUAACACUAUUGACCAGUAUGGUCGUAACGUUGUACAUUGGGCGGCAGUAACUAAUUCUGUCAAAAUAUUAGCUUAUUUAGCACAGUGUAAAGGUUUUGCGAGAUUAAUGAAUAUGAAAGACGACUGGGAUAGAACACCUAUUAUGUUAGCUAUACGUGAAGGUUGUCAGGAAGCUGUUGAGUUCCUACUAGACAAACAAGUUAAAGUUGAAAUCAUUGACUGUAUGGAAAAUGAUUGUUUAUCAUUAUGUACAGAGAAAGGUUAUAAAAAAAUACAUGAAAUACUCAUAAAUUAUAUCAGAUCAAGAAACUCGGAUACAAAGUCAAUAACACAUGAUAAGAAAGUGAAUAUUUUUAAAGAGAAUCCAAAUGUAAGUAAACAAGAAUUAGGACUGUCAUCGAUGUUACAAUCAGCACCGUCAAUGGCACCAGUCACUACAGUGAUGACAACCACACCGGUAAGACAUUCAGCAGAGAACAUUUGUCGCAUGAAUGAAUUUGAUUGGGUAAGUUUAAGUGAUGAUCAAGUUUCGGAAGACUAUAGUGACUGUGAUCGAUUCACAGAAGACAUGGCUGAAGAUUUCAAUUGAUGUGAAAGUUAUUACUACUGAUGUAUAAUAUUUACCUUAAUCUACACAUUUCUAAUCAUAUGUUACAUGCAUCUUAUGUAUAUUAACAGAAAUAAAGAAGAAAAUAAAUGUUGGAUGUAAUUAACUGUAGAGUUAUUUUCUUUGCUCAGCUAUGUAUGUAUAAAACUGUAUUUAGGGGUUAAAUGACAAGAAAGUAUUUUAUUAUUAUGAACUGCUUGUAUACUUCUUUCUUACCAAUCAACUAUCUAAGUUGAAAUAACUUCCUUUGUAUAAUACAUUCAUUUUUUACGAAUAAAUUAUAUUUAGUGUCUUAUAUUACUCCUGACAC